AUGAAUCACACCUCCACGGAAAAUGAACAGGCCAUCUUCAAAACGCCAAAACCAUCUUUGAUCCACCCGGUGAUGGAAGCAUUGAAAAGGCCGUCAGGGGAUACAUCUAGUGGGAGAGCCUUCAGCACAUUGGAUCAGUGGCUGUCUCAUUGUCAGACAGAGCAUACGAAGUGCAAUUCCUGGAGUGGAGGGACCUUACCGCGCCGAGUCCUGGAAAUUCAAUCUGUCCAGCCACUGUGUGUUCGUGUGGUGGAAAACUGCUCUCAAAAGGAGAAAUACGCAUGUCUCAGUUAUCGAUGGGGACCUGAAACCAAGUCGAAGUCUCUCAACAAAGGCAAUCUUGAGAAAUACAAGGCAGCGAUACCGCAGGACAAGCUGUACCCGCUCGUCAAAGAUGCCAUCACUGCGGCAGAUAGACUUGGCCUCCGAUACAUCUGGAUCGAUUCAUACUGUAUCCUGCAGGACGACACAGAAGAUUGGGAGACUGAGGCGGCUAAUAUGGCUUCUAUGUUCUCCACCUCAAAACCAGAAGACUUAGGGGCACAGGUCACUGAACGCGGCGGCGAAUCUGUUUUUGUUCGGAAACGACUGAGCAAUCCAUCCGGAACUACGCUAGACAGGGCAUGGGUCUUUCAAGAGCGGCUCCUAUCGAAUAGGGUCAUCUACUUCACAAAGCAUGAGGUAGCAUGGGAAUGCCGAGAAAGGAGCUGGUGCGAGUGUGAAUCCUGUAAUGAUGAGUUCUCAAGCUGGUUGGGGCCGCCAAGUGUUCCCAAAGUGCUUCAACAGCUGAAAUGGGAGGAUAUUGCUAAAGUAUAUGACAGCAAAAUACUAACGGAGGAGAAGGACAGGCUGCCUGCACUCGCGGGUGUGGCUCGGCGUCAUGGUGAAUUGAGGGGAUGGACAUAUCUAGCGGGCCUCUGGAAAGAGGAAAUUCCAACGGCCUUGCUGUGGAAAAAGCUUGGUCAUAAGGGUGCUAGGCCACUCCGUCAGCAACUUGAAGUUGCGCCCACCUGGUCAUGGGCAUCACUUCCUCGUGGAAAACUGUUCUUCCAUGGUCGCCCCUUGACAUCUGUCCGUCUAAUAGGCUACAACAGAAGCCCGCCGGACGGCGACAUCUACACAGCUACCGGACAGACCGAAAUUACAGUUCAAGGGCCUGUACUGGAUGUGAGGAUCUAUCAUCAAGGACAACUCCGGGAGGAUGAAGGCCCAAAACUUAUUGGCAAAAUAGGAAAUGCUUUUUUGACAAUAACGCCCGACUUCGACAUGAAGCCAAAGGAUCCCACAAAGUACCAGGCCGUGGUGGAUGGCACUCUCGGUUCGCUCCUGCUUCUUUAUGACGAAACAGAUCCGGAUACCAGGGGUGGUUCCUAUCGGGAUUGCAUUUUUGGCGUCUUGCUACUGCAGAAAACCGACGCAAACGGUGGAAAGGUCACAUUUGAGCGCGUCGGAUGUUUUAAUGACCUCAUACACUCUCAAUUGGACGAGUCUGGAGAGUUUGUGGAGUACCGCGGGGGCAGCUUUCCGUUUCAAAGGAUGAAGCGUGUCAAGCGUGAGUGGCUGUUGCAAAGAGCCGAGAAGAGACGAAUCACACUCGUCUGA